UGCGGAUGGAAAGUUGCAGGGAGAGGAUAGUGGUUAAAGCUCGAGCUGGAUGGAUGGGUAUGGGGAGAGGGGCAGGAUCCACAGCCCUGGGACUUUUCCAAAUCCUCCCUGUCUUUCUCUGCAUCUUCCCUUCAGUGACGUCUCUAUGCCAGAUCCUCAAGUGCAACUCUGAGUACUGGGCGGCCACGACUGGCUCUCACCUCCUGGGCACGGAGGACGCGCCCGAGUUCUGCACGGCGCUGCGCGCCUAUGCGCACUGCACCCGCCGCAUGGCCCGCACCUGCAGGGGCGACCUGGCCUACCACUCUGCCGUUCAUGGCAUAGACGAUCUCAUGGUGCAGCACAACUGCUCCAAGGAUGGCCCCACUUCCCAGCCCCGGCUCCGGACAUUGCCCCCCGGGGACAGCCAGGAGCGCUCCGACAGCCCCGAAAUCUGCCACUACGAGAAGAGCUUUCACAAACACUCAGCCACCCCGAACUAUACCCACUGCGGGCUCUUUGGGGACCCCCACCUCAGGACUUUCACAGACAGCUUCCAGACCUGCAAGGUGCAAGGGGCUUGGCCGCUCAUAGACAAUAACUACCUGAACGUCCAAGUCACCAACACGCCGGUGCUGCCUGGCUCCGCAGCCACUGCCACAAGCAAGCUCACCAUCAUUUUCAAGAGCUUCCAGGAGUGUGUGGACCAGAAAGUGUACCAGGCAGAGAUGGACGAGCUGCCUGCUGCCUUUGUUGAUGGCUCCAAGAACGGCGGCGACAAACACGGAGCCAACAGCCUGAAGAUCACGGAGAAGGUCUCGGGCCAGCACAUUGAGAUCCAGGCGAAGUACAUUGGCACCACCAUCGUGGUGAGACAGGUGGGCCGGUACCUCACCUUCGCCGUGCGCAUGCCGGAGGAGGUGGUGAAUGCCGUGGAGGACAGGGACAAUCAGGGCCUCUACCUGUGUCUCCGCGGUUGCCCGCUCAACCAACAGAUUGACUUCCAGACCUUCCGCUCAGCUCAGGCCACAGAGGGCCGCACUCGCAGGAAGGGGCCCAGCCUCCCUGCCUCCCCCGAGGCCUUCACGUACGAAACAGCCACAGCCAAGUGCAGGGAAAAGCUGCCCGUAGAGGACCUCUACUUCCAGUCCUGCGUCUUCGAUCUCCUCACCACAGGGGACAUCAACUUCAUGCUGGCUGCUUAUUAUGCCUUUGAGGAUGUGAAGAUGCUCCACUCCAACAAAGACAAACUGCACCUCUAUGAAAGGACACGGGACCUAGCCCCUGGCAAUGCAGCUCCCUCAGGGCGUCCUCAGGCCCUCCCUGCCCUCUGGGCAGCACUACUGUGUUUGAGUCGGUGUUGGUCAGUGUUGUUGUAGAAGUUUACUCCCACACGCCACAGAGAGUGGGGAAAGGGAAGCAGGAAGGGAUGAGGGACGUGAUGGCAGUGCUGGACAGCAAGUUGUUGAAUAGUAGACCCAGCUGGGAGUUAAAGGAUCAUCUUCAAAUCUCAGCCCCUCUCUUCAGUGCUAGCCCUUCCCCUUCCCAGUUCUUGCCUGGGAGGAAUGUGCUGCCCCUGGGACCAGUUGGGAGUUUUUGCUGGACCAUACCUCACAUGGCCCUUCCUCACCUCCCCCUCUCCUCCUCCUCCUUCUCCUCUCAGUAGUAUGGAUGUCAAUGAGCCUUCGCCUCCUCUUAGUGCUCCCUUGUGGUACUGAAAAUGCUCGUAGUGACUGUGAUGUUGGCGUUUGUGACCGUGGCUUUGUGUUAGGGGAGCUGUGCCCGCGAGGAGGGAGGAGGGAGCUGGGGUUUCCACUCGCCGGGUGCCGUGCUGCGGUUUUCCUGCUGUGCUGUUAAAACGCUCAACCCCUUCCAUGGCCCAUUUUGCACACUCGGCUCUUGGUAUAACCCUGCUUCUUCACAAGCACCGGUGCAAAGUGGCAGGUAGGGGCAGGGACAAGAGGGUGCAGAGAGGAAUGGCACGGUGCUUUGCUGGUGCUGGGCUGUGCUGCUCUGGUGGCCAACGGCAGCUUCUAGGCACAGGGGGGACAUGUUCCUCAAGUCCUGGCUGGUGUUUGUUGUGGUUCAAAGGACAUCUCCUAUUUUAGCCUGUUCACUUGGCUGAUUCGCUCGGUAGGUUUCCUCCUGGCUCCCUUGCGUCUGUGGCCAGACUCACUGAGGGCUCUUAAUUGCAACGGGAGAAACCUGGCCAGUAUUCAAGCGGUUUCUUCAACUUUUGCCCCGCACCGGAGGAAUUCCUUGUGCCGUUUGCUCCUCGCUCCCCUAAAAUGGGCGGCAGGGAGGCUGGUUAGUGGGGAGACCCAAUUUGCCCAUCUCCCGAGCCCUCCGCCAAUGGCGGGGCCUGUGACCCUCCCGAGCGCUCACAAGGGAAACCCGUGAGCCGGCUGAGCCCCCGGAGCGGACUGGAGCUUCGCUCCCUGUUUGUUUGCUGCUAGGUCUCUGCUCCUCUCCUAGUCCUGGGGCCUGACUUGCUACCCCAUUUCAGACCAGUUGCACCUUAAGCCCUGCUGGGCUUGAAUCUGAAAUUGGGCAGUGUUAGAAAUCCAGCCAGGAGACGGGAUGCAGCAGAUGACC